AUGGCAUUGCCAGAGCAAUCCCUUGCAAACGGACAAGAGCAGGCCUCAUCUUCUCCUCAUCCUCCACGCAUCUCUCACGUUGACGAGCGAGACCAACACGGUCCUUCCGUUCCAGCAUCGGGCGCUGUAGAUUCUUCGACUUCACAGACACCCCUUCCGGAUCGAGCCACAUCGCUGCUUCCGUCUGACCUCCUCCUCGACACUCGAUCCGACGAUCUAUCCGAUCCCGACUCUACAGGUAGCCGGCUGAAUGCGUCGUCGUAUGCAAAGCUGAGUUCAUCCUCGAACGACCGCCGACCCGUUUCCUCGCCGUCUCCGCGCAGCUCGGUCUCCCCCUUGCGAUCACCCUCGACCAUAUCAAUCCCCGACGCUUCGCCACACACGACCCCCGACUCGAAUGCAGGCAUUGUAGAAUCCCUCGUGCACGACUCGACGCUUCGUUUGCGCAAGACCGCCGCCGCAAGAAGCACCCCGCUCCACUAUCACAUCGACGCAGCGGAUCCGCCUCAUUCGCAGCGCAGCAGACUUGCCACAGAUAGCUCUCAUACCAAAGACGGCGAUAUGUUUGGCAGCACACCCACCGCCUCCUAUUUGCCCCUCAACACGAGGAGGCAAGUAGGCCCACCAACCUCGUCCCACCUGGUAUCGUGGAUCGCCAAGCACAAGGCAUUUGUCAUCUUCGUGCUGGUUGCCCUCAUCGUCUCGGUACAGAUUCUGCUCGUCGGGCCGGUAGUGAUGGAUAUGGAGCCUGUCAAAAAGUUCCGCGAAGAAGGUUUCCCAUCGAUCAAGCCACCCAAAUGGUUUGGACCUUCCGCCGAGUCGCCCGACUCCUGGUACCCAUCUUCCAGCGACAGCGCUGCACCUGUCCUGGACAAGCUGCUGGGCCCCGACUCGUUCCCUCCACCAUUGAGCCAAGAUGGCGGCUUGCAUGGCGCGCCACAAUCGCAGGACACGCUCUACAAGGCUACCAAUCCUCACCGUGGCGAGCUUCCUACGUACCUCGAGAGUGUCCUCAACAAGGAGCCUGUCCACCAACCUCCUCCCGCGCCUCUCAAAGCACCCACCAUCUCGCCUGAAAUUUGGUCCACGCGGGUCUGGGUCGACCGUUCCACCACCGAAGCAGGCGACGCUGACGCGCCAGCCAAGCAGCCCCUGGAGCCCGAGUGGCGCACCGCUCCUUGGACGGGCUGGAAACCGCCGCUGGACGAAUUGUCACAGCCAGCAAGGCCUCUCGCCAAAGUGCAGCACCCCUUUGAGGAUCCUUCGCGUCACUCGGGUCGUCGCAACGAUCCGGCACGCGAUGAGCUCAUUGCCCAUCGUCAAAAGAUGGUACGCAACGCAUUCAUCCACGCCUGGGAGGGCUACAAGAAGCAUGCGUGGGGUCACGACGAGCUCAGACCCGUCUCGAGGUCAGCCGACGACCCGUUCAACGGCUGGGGAGCCAGCAUUGUUGAUGCUCUCGAUACCCUGCUCGUCAUGGGACUACCCGAGGAGUACGACCUGGCACGCCAGCACGUGCGCGACAUCGAUUUCCGCCUCGUCGGCGGCUCACGCAGCGCUUACGGUUCCGCAGACGGCAAGAUCCCGGUCUUUGAGACCGCCAUUCGUUAUCUCGGCGGCUUCCUAUCGGCGUACGAUCUUAGCGGGGACAUCCUCAUGCGUGAUCGGGCCGAAGAGCUGGCGCAGCUCAUCCUUCCAGCCUUCGAUACCGUGACUGGCGUGCCGAACGGCCGCAUCAGGAUGACCGAGGACCCGCAGUACCCUUACACGCGACCACAGCAACAGGGCAGUGUCGUUCUCGCAGAGGUUGGCAGCUUGCUCCUCGAGUUCACACGGCUCUGGCAGGUGACGGGAAACCGCACCUACUUUGACCGCGUCCAACGCAACACAGACUGGCUCGACCACAACAUGACCGCCGCUGGCCGCAUGGAGUCCCUCUUCCCAACUCAACUCUAUCCGGAGCGCAAUCUCGCCUACGGUACCGUCAGCUUUGGCGGCAUGGCCGACUCGUACUACGAAUAUCUUAUCAAAGAGCAUCAGCUUCUCGGUGGACGCCUGCAGCAGUACAGUCGCAUGUACUCGGCUGCCAUCGAGGGGGCAAAAAAGCUGCUCAUCUCGCGCGUCGACACUGUACCCGGAGUCAGCCUCAUGACCGUCGGCGAAAUCUCUGGCUCAAAAUACAUCGCCAAGCUCGAACACCUGGCCUGCUUCAGUGGAGGUAUGCUCGGCUUGGGUUCACGUCUCCUGACUGAACGUCGUGACGAUAUCGAGCUCGCCAACGGCAUCUCGGCCACCUGCUGGUGGGCGUACAACAGCUCCACCACCGGUAUCGGGCCCGAGAAUCUGAUCUUCUACACCAACGACGACGAUGAUCGCUUCGAGCUCACCAGCCUCUCCGACGGCACAUCGCGACGAGGCAAGCCUCGCGGCAACCCUAUCGUGGGCGUCAGAAGCGUACAGACCAGCUACCUCAACCGACCCGAGACGAUUGAGUCCGUCAUGUACAUGUGGAGGAUCACGGGCGAUCCAGAGUGGCAAGAGCGCGGCUGGCAGAUGUUCGCGUCGUGGGUGACACACUGCAUGACCGACGUCGGCUUCAGCGCCAUCUGGGACGUCACGCGCACCCCCGCCGGCUGGUCCGACAGCAUGGAGAGCUUUACGUUUGCCGAGACGUUCAAGUACUACUACCUGCUCUUCUCUCCGCCCGAACUCAUCUCGCUCGACGAGUACGUGUUCACCACCGAGGCGCAUCCGCUCUUGGCUCCCAAGAAUGGGAAGUGGGCCAAGGCUGGCAAGGGAAGCAAAAAAUUCUGGGACGCCGACGCCGGUGCGGAGGCGCAUCUACCUUUGCACGAUUCCGGGCUCUACGCCGGCGGAGAGAUGGGUCAAGUGGGCGGACUGACCAACAACCAGAAGCAGAUGCUGUGGACGCAGUGGCAGUCCAAGAGCUCGGCCGGCAAGAUCCGCGAUCUGAUCAACGGCCUGGGCGGCGAGGCGCUCAAGAACAAGCUUCGCAGCUUGGUCGAGCGAGCCGAGACGACCACGACUGCGAACCGCAGCGCGAGCCAAGACGAGAUCCCCUUGACAAUAGCUGCGACUCCCGAAGGGGUCUUGAGCGACGCUCGUGAGGAUCGUUUGCUGGCCUCGGUGGCCGGCACAUCGGUCUACCAAGCCGACGACGGGACACUCGAGGUGGAUUUUGCACCCGACACGGCUGCGGACACGCAGCAGGUGGUGCUGGAGCAGCUGGAGGCAAGCUUCGAUCAAGGCAUCGAUGCUGAAGCGGUCAAGUUGGUGCUGCGGUCCGUCGAAGCGAUCCGUCUGGUGGAGGAGGAAGAGGAGCAAAAAACGCAGGAGCAAGCUUUGCAUUUCGCUCGUCUGCGAUCCAAAGUCGAGCAAGAGGCCGCCGCUUCCCCUUACCAGCAUUGCUGCACGACACCUACGAUGAGCGACCUGCGCAUUCAUGCGGCUCUGUCGCCGCGCGUGGUCGUGCUGUCGAGCCCCGACGUCGACCGCGUCGUUCAGCUCAACGGCAUUCCGGAUCUGCCCACACUCUUGCGGCCGUUCGAGUUUUCGGUCGAGCGACUCUCGGUGCGCACCUCGCAGCUCGAGACACGUGUCUGCGAUCAGUUCCCGCUGCGCUUCGAUCCGUACGCGCUCUUCAAUCCGGACGCUGCACGCGCUAUCGGCUUGUCGCAGUCACAAGCUGCACCGAGACCGUCCGCUGUCGGUCAGUCUCAUGAGGAGCUCCUGGAUCGGGUGAAUCAUCUGAUCGCUUCCAACAUCAAGAGGUGGGAUGCUCAGGUCCCACGGACAGUGUCCUCGAAUCGGCAAUCUGAGCCACCCGCAAAGCUGGAAGAGGACGACGAUCGAAAAGAGGACCAGCGUCACGCCUUGGAUGAAACGCUGAUCAAAUUGCAACGAGGUUCGCUCGAGGAGAUCGCACCAUGGUUUGCCGCCGUCCAGCAGCUCGUCUUUGGCCAGAGGACCAUAGCAAAGCACGAAUCGUUUGGGCACCCCGUUGCAGUGCUUUUGGCAGUGUCUUCUGCUUCGCCUGAUCCCAUGAACGACUUUGCAAAGCUCUACGAAGCAUCCUCCCAAGCUUCGCCCUUCCCAGCUCAUCCUUACAUCAACCCGGAUACGCUCAAGUACUACGUUCUCAUCCACGACGUGCGCACCUCGGGAGAGGAUCUGACCGGCUCCAAAGAGAUCUUGGAACAGAUAAAAAAGACGUACGGGUUGCAUUGCUGCCUCUUGGCCAUCAACAGCGCUUCGGGCGAACGGGCUGCGGCGCCUGCUGAGUUGGCUGCGCUUUGGUCGCCGUACUUGCCGUCGACGCCGACGUCGCCGGUGAUGGCAAGCCCCUCUGUCCCCUCGGUGGACCCGAGCGUGGCGAAGCUGCUCGACGUGGAAGACGUGAAACGCAUCAAGGGCUUCAUCCGCGAGCUGACCGCUCAGUCUAUCGUGCCUUUCAUGGAGAGGUAUGUUCAGCACAUGGGCGAUCACCUCGCCAACUCGCGCAAAGGCUUGACCAACCGCUUCUUCGGCGCAUCGCGAAAGCUGUUCGGCGGCGUCACCGUCGGUGGGGGAUCAAACGCCGACAAGAGCGGAUCCGCCGCUCCGACCGGCAUCGCCACCUCGGGAGGCUACGAUCCCCAACACGACUUCUACCCCCACACCUCGAUCGAAGCACAGACCCGCCGACUGGCCGACUUCGCCUUCACCAUCCGGGACUACAAACUCGCCGCGUCGAUGUACGACCUUGGACGCAAGGAUUUCGCCGGCGACAAGGCGAGCCGUCACGCAGCAGGCGCCACCGAGAUGUUUGGGCUCUCGCACCUGAUGAUCAUGUACACCUCGCGGAGCGCCCCCAUCGACGUCGACAGCUACCUGGCGCAGGCGUGCUACGAGUACGAUUUCCGCUCUCCCAGCCGCGCCAGCCACGUUCCGGCUCCGGUGGAGGAGAACCAUGCGCUGCGAGCGACUCUGCUGUACUACGAAGCGUAUCGGAUGCUGGGAUAUCUGCGGCCUGCACCGGCGGGGUUGUUGCGCAUGUCUCAGCGGUCGGAGGAGGUGCUUGCUCCGUUGCUGCUCGAGCAAGCUGCGCUGUCGUGUCUUCAGAUGAGACCGAAACCGUCGUUGCGAAAAUUUGCGCUGCAUUUGGUAACAGCCGCUCACAGGUACCAGGCUUGCGGGCAGAAGAUCCUCUCGUUGAGGUGCUACGCUCAAGCCGCCGUCGUCUAUCGCGCGAAAGGGUGGGCGCUGAUCGAGAACCACAUCGAGCACGAGUUGGGCAUGCAGGCUUACAACGAGGGCGACUCGGAUGCGGCUGUUGCACAUCUGGCUCGGUUGAUCCGGCCGAGCGCGAACUCGAGCGUCGAACACGAGCGGUUUCUGCAGGACGUUCAGACUGCCUACAAGUACUCUGGGCGGGCGGAUGCGGGUGGCAAGGAGGGGAAGGUGUUGGCAUUGCCGUUUGCGAUGUUUGAUGUGGCGGGCGCAGUGUUGCGGUUUGUACCCGAGUCGAGCGCGUCGGCGACCUCGACGGUGGACGAUGCUGUGUGGGAGAGGCUGGAGCAGGAUCUGGUGGAUCACGGGCUGGGGGAGCGGACGCUGGCGGAUGGGACGAAGAGGCGACGCAAGAGGCCGACGGGUCAGACGUCGACGCAGGCGAGGCAGGUACCCAUCAACCAGACGUUCUGGCUCGACGUCGAAGUACGCAAUCCGCUUGGCAUCGGUCUGGCCAUCGACGAGAUCCGACCUCUGCUCAGCGUGGACGAGUCUUCCACCCAGAGCGGUGCCCAAGUUCUGCCAGAUGCCGACUUGGAAAUCGACGACGCAGGCCGCAUCGUCCUCGCACCGUUCCAAUCUCGUCGAGUGCAAGUGGCCCUCCGCGUCAAAACCGAGACCAAAACCCUCCGCGUAGCCAGCAUCACGUUCCGCCUCGAAGACACGCUCCACUUCAACCAGCGUCUCGACAAGAAAGGGCGACGACUCAACAAGACCAAAGAGCAGCGCACUUCGGUGGUCUACGGACCCGAUCUCAGCUUGGCCGUGUCGGUGCACGGUGCGAGACCGACGCUGACGGCGAAGGUGGUGGAUGUGCCGCUGCAGAUGUACUGCGGAGAAGAGGUGCGGUUGAAGGUGGUGCUGAAGAACGAGGGGGAGGGAGAGGUGGAGGAUUUGCGUGCGCUGUGCGAUCAGCCGGAGGCAGCAGCUUUUCUUCUCAAAUCUAGUGCUGUCGGUGGGGCGGAUGGAGAGCUCACGCUGCCGAAUCACCUCGGUCCAGCAGCACCGCAGUACAUCAUCGACACCGAUGGGCAAAUGCCGCUUUCACCAGGAGAGGAGUACGAAGCAACGCUGGUGGUUCGACCCGUUCGAACGGGCGAGGUACGUCUCUCCUGGCUGAUAUCGUUCUCCUCCGCCGAUGGGGAAACGUACCUCUCGCGAAUGGCGCUCCACACGAGCGUCUCAGCUGCGCUGCAGAUCAACGUCUCGACGCGACCCACGCGAGACGCAAAGUGCGAGCAAGAGGUGUGGGUGGAAGCGAGCAACAUGCUGAGCACGGAGGAGAUGCGGCUGGAGGGGAUAACGAUGCUCAGUCCGAGUUGGAAGAUCGUUGGCGAAAAUCCGGAGGAGGAGGUUGUGAUUGCGCCGCUGCAGGUGUGGAGGGGUCGCGUACGUAUAGCUUUCGAUUCGAAGCAAGGGAAGGGGGAGGAGUAUACAGCGACCAAGUUGCAAGACCUGCUUUUGAGUCGCGAUGUUCGUCGACCACCACCUGCCGACACAACGAUACAUCGAACAACUAAACGCUUCUCCUCCACAUCCCCAUCUCAUCCGGUGGAAGCUUCGACCUACGUCGAGGCACGGAAACUCUUCCGUCAACGAACACUAUCCCUCGCCUUCUCCACGAUCGCCUCACGCGACAGAACAGCGUGCUUCACCCUGUUUCAAGCCCGCACUCUCGACGUUGCGGUCUCCUUCUCAACCGGCAGCAGGCAAGGGUGCAUCACAGUAUACGAUCUAACGCCCGGACCGGGUCGAAGCGCCAUUCGAGAGAUCACACACCCUUCGACGGCGAAGGAAGGCAAUCAGGUUCGAAGUUUGUACGCGGAGACGUUGAGGGAGAAGGCGAGUGUGAUGCAGAACAUCGUUAGUGGGCUGGGGAGGGAGGAUGAUCCGGUGGUGGUCGGGGUGGAGGUGAAGGGGGAGAAGGUGGAGUUUACGACGCAACAGCCACGGUCGAACUCUAGUGUCUGUCCCCCUGCCACGCCGACUGCACUGACGCUCCGCAUUGCUCCCGACUUUGACUCCCCGACCCCGUCUCACUCACUGCUUCGAAGGUCGUCUUCAUUCUCUCCUUCCCGAAUAUGCAACCGGUCCAUCGUCUUGCUCCCGCUAGCUGCUUCUGCACGGCACGCAUCCGAUCGCCGAGCAGCGACAUUCGAUUCCGGCUUCCAGCUCGCACCUCGUCCUUCCGCCUGCUCAGCAGCGGCCUUCCGUACACGCCUUCAGAGGCGGCUGGCGUGUCAAGCUUGCUUGACGGAGCGUAUCACCAUGGCUCCUCUCCUGCUCAAAGUCAAAGGCAACAAGUCCUUCAGUCCCUUUUCCAACCUCCACGAUGAAGAGUCGCUUACACGCACCUGGAGGGUCUGCACCAAGGUCGCCGCGCAUCUCGAGCAGGGUCAACGUCUCGAAAAUCUCAGCUGGAGACUAUGGUACCUUCACGAUCUCAUGGUUGAGAAUGACGACGUCAAGAGCAGACGCGAUUUCAAGAAGCUCUCCAAAAGCACAGGCGAGAAGCUCGACCGCGACAGGGGUCGUGCCAUCGGCGAGCUCACCGCUCCUCCCUUCCGCAAAACAGACUCGGGCGAGGCGCUUCGUAAGAAAGCCGUCGAGCGCCAGAAGCUCCGCGCCCUCGCUGUCGCCAAGCUUCAGGGCAAGUUCCGCAGCAAUGGACUUAACAAGCAGACCACCAUGAAGGACAUGCAGUAUACCUUUGCGCUCGAUCCAAGCGUCAACUUCAAACAGACCACCGUCGGCAACAAGGACGCAUCCAAGGAAUACGCGCAGGCACAGCGUCAGAACGGUCCCGUAGGCACCAUCAACAAGUUCCCACUCACCCUUUCGCCUCAGAGCUCCAGCAACGACACACGCAGUGAUGCAAUCGAGUUAGGAUCCGACGCGCAGGGCGACACCAGCAUGCUCGACACCGCCGCCACCUUUGACCAAAUCAUGGCCAGCGCAGGUUUGAGCGGCGACAUGGGCAAUCCCUCGGGCGGUUACAGGAUCGAGGACAUUGAAGCGGCGGAACGCGACCUCUUGCUCAACCACCACAUCGAUCUCAAUGCUCCUCUCGACAGCCUCCUCGCAGGGCUUGGAAGUAUGGAGGAUGUACAGAUGGACCUAUCCGACUUGGGUCUGCCCGUGGGUGAUCUGCCCAACUUCAACGCUCCUUUCGAUCAAAACUUGACCGAUCUGACAGCGGCUCCUCACGCAAAUGCCGCGACUUCCGCCUCAGCAGGUCCAAGCCGACAAUCGACAGGGCCAGCCAAGCUGAAGCAGAUCAGAAGGAAGAAGACCGACCCUCAGCCGCAGAAGGUUGCCUCCGAACUCGCAAGGAAGAAGGCGGAGGAGCUUCGAACCUUCCGCAAACUGGCAGAGCAGACGCAGCGUACUCACAUCCAGAACAGCUCGAGCAGACCCGAGUCUAAGGAGCCUUCUCCAGAUGGAAGCGUCGGCAGUGGUAACUGGGCUGGCAACGGACAGAGCAGCGAUGCCCAGCAGCAAUCCGAUUGGCUCAACUCGAACUCGUCGCUCUUCGGAACGAACCUGUCCCAAAGCCUGCCAGAAGGCGCUCAUCUCCCACUGUCCGGCUAUGGCAGCGUUGCAAAUGCUCCUCGGACCAACCUCCAGAUCGACACUUCCGUUCCUACCAUCAACGCUGGAACAAUGCAGCCUCCCAUGUUUGGCGCGCGAGGUGCCUCCGUGUCGGUGCCCACCACUCCACUGCUGGGGCCGGAAGCCGGUCCAUUCGUAGGCGCUGACCGCCCCGUAGACUCGCUCUCGGCCCCUUCUUCUCCGACUUUGCGCCCGACGCUGGCCAACAUCGGCCGAUCCGGCUCCAGCCCUGGUCCUUCGACGAGUGCGGGCUCUUCGAAAGCAGCCAUGAAGCGACACUCGACGGACAGCUCGCUCGUCGGCCCCGACGGCAUGCCCAAACCUAAAGGUCGCGGGCGUCGCAGCAUCGCCGGGUCGAUCGCGUUCACAGCCAUCAAUCCAGACCUUAACAAGAAACCCGAAGGAUUCCCACUUGCGGCGAGCAGCACACCCAGCGCCGCAUUCCCCUCCGGAAGCGCACACCCUACUCAGGCUCAAUGCACAAACUGCGGCGCUACAUCCACCCCGCUCUGGCGUCGAGAUCCGAACGACUUGUUGCUUUGCAACGCAUGCGGACUCUACCUCAAACUGCACAAGACACCUCGACCAAAGAGCCUCAAGAACCACCACAGCCAUUCGCACUCGGGUCACGUCACUCCUUCGGCUACACCCGGUGGUGCGUCUGCACCCGGUUCGAGAGCCGGAUCGCCAUCACGCCCUGGCUCGCCGAGUGGCGAGGAUAUGAUGUCUUGCUUCAAUUGCGGGACCUACACUACGCCGCUGUGGAGGAAGGACGAUGCCGGCCACACGGUCUGCAAUGCGUGUGGUUUGUACCUCAAGCUGCACAACGAGCACCGUCCCGUGACGAUGCGUGCCGACGUGAUCAAAAAGCGCUCGAGGUACGACGAGAAGCGAGGUCGUGCUUCCGCGGCUAACUCGCGACGCACGUCGCCACAGCCGCUAAGCGCAGCGACGGCGUCGGACGACGCUGCGGCUGCCACGUCCGACGAACCAAUGUCGAUCGACAGGCCCGGCAGAGCCAAAUCCAACUCGGUGACGUUCCAGCUGCAAGCGGACGUUCAGGGCAAUGGCAGAGGUGUGGGUGCAUCGGCUAUUUCGGCGUCGGCGCCAGGGUCCGCCUCUUUCCCUAAAUCCGGGUGGCCGUCGCUUGGCAUGGCAGCCAACAACAACAGCAACAAUGGCCGAGCAUCCGAGAUGGAUGCGAACAUCGCACAUCAGCUCAACGACGCUUUCGCCUCUGCACACAACCGCUUCUCGACCGGCAUUCCGAUGCAACAGCCACCCGUCGCGGCGUCUGAUGCUUCCAUGUCGGGCUCGGGCACUUCUGCGCCGGAAGCGAACUUUGGUUGGACACCGUGGUCGCAACAGCAGGCUCCUCAGCAGCAACAGCAGCAGCAGCAGCAUCAAUCCUCCGGCCCACCCUCCAUGUCUGGCUCCAACAGCACGCCCACGGGAUCGACCACCUCGGCCACCUCGCCGCCGGUGCCAGUCGCAAUGCCGGGACAAACAGACAUCCAGACGCUGUCGGCUGCGUUCUCGGCACACCCGGCGUUGGCGUACGCGGUGCAUCAGGCAGCCGAGAAGUUCCCGGCGUUCUUCGCGCAAAAUCCCCUCGGCGCGACUGCAUCUGUAGCUGCGGCUGCGGGCAUCCACAACCCGUUCGGAUCCGGGUUCCCUGGCAGCGCCACCACUGGCAGCGGCAGCAGCAACAACAACAACAACAACGUGGGCGAUUCCAACAGCACCAAUAACGCAGGUGCUGGAGGUGGCGACGAGCUUGCUGCCAUCGACAUUGCCGGUGGAGUCGGAACGCCGAGCAAUCUGGGGAAUGGUCACGAUAGCGUGAUGCUCGAUCUGGCGGCUACGCCCGGAUCGACAGGACUGUCGAUUGAAAUCGCAAAUCCAGGCAGUUGCCUCUGA